CCCGGGCCCUCCGCUCCGCUCCGCUCCGCACCGCAUCCCCCGCGGCGCCGCGCUCCGGCCCGCGCACGGCAGCCGGCGGCCGAGGGAGGCCGCCCUUCCGCGGAGAGGCGGCAGCACGGUGCGUGGGUGGGCUGGAUGCCCAAGAAAAGGAGGUCUUUGGUGCUUGCUGUCUCGUGGACGCCAUCAGGCCGCUUUGGACUCGUCUGGACUAAAGCUGUUGUCCAGGUUUGUCGUCUUGGUCGUCCUGAAGAAAAGGAGCUUUCGGUGCUGCAAGCUGAUCGACUAAGAACAUGGAGUAUAGUAUGGAUGCAGUUGCUUGAACAUCAUUUCUUCCAAAGCUUAUAUUCUGCAGAUAGGUUGCCUCAAUGAUUGAUUCAUAAGAAAUAUACACAGGACUAAUACCAAGAAAACAGUCUGUCUGUUGCUGUUGUGUUUAAUGAAGAUGGUGCAGAGUUGCUUCAUUUGAAAUGCAGUUGAAAAAAAUGAGGGAAAUUUUACCAAGAUUGUACUCUGGCCAAAUUAAUGAUAAAAAUAAUUCUUUAACUACAUCCCCAAAGCAAUCUGAUGAUAAAACAAAUCUGUCAAAAGGGGCAGAUGAUCAAAACUGCUGUUACCAAGGAACUGAGGCUGAGAACAAUAAGUUGUCACUGAUAAGCUGUGUAAAGUGCAGAAAUGUUCAGAAAAUUUCAAUGCAAGAUAUAGAGAAACAUAAGAAGCUUGAGUGGACUGAAGACAGAAAUUUCAUCUGCAAGAAGUGCAGUCAUAUUAAACCACCAGCUUUUGAUUUUGUUCCUGAGGGUGCCAAUGAUGCAGACUAUGAAAAACAUGAAAGAAAAACCCCAAGUAAAACCCAGAAAACGUUUAAAGUAAAAAAUUUUCUGCCAGGCAAAUACUACUGUGAUAAAUGCAGAUUUUCAACAAAGGAUCCUUUACAGUAUAAAAAGCAUGUAGGGCAACAUGAAGAAAUUAAAUUUCUUUGUUCCCACUGUAGUUAUGUAUCCUACACCAAAGGAGAAUUCCAGAGACAUUUGGUGAAGCACACUGGAACCUUUCCGUAUCAGUGUGAGUACUGUGAAUAUGGUGCUGUUAGACAUGACUAUAUUGUUAAACAUACGAGAAGAGUACAUGAAACACCCAGAAAACGGCUGUCAAAUACUCUCAUGAACCACAAGCAAAAGAAGCAGAGUCAAAGCACUUUAUGUAAAAAGCAAAAAUACAAUAAAAUUCCUUUCCAAAAUGAACUUUCAAAUUUGUCUUCAAAUAUGGUUUGUGAGGUUCCAAGUAAAGCAACUAAAACAGUCUGCUCAUCUCAAAAUGUAGAAUGUAGCAUAAACACAUCAUCGGUCCAGGAUAAGACAAUAUUGGAGCCAUCUGAAAUGAGUGUAUGUGAGAAUCAAAGUGUGGAGGUUGAGGUUUAUUCUCCAAAAACAGAGCCUUUACAACCUGGGAUGCCUUUAACAGUAAUUGCACCAUCUGAACUUGUAGUUCCUUCCAACUGUUUAGCUCAGAUAGUAGAGCUGAAAAUAGUGAAUGGAGCACAGCAGCUGGUUCUUAAACUAAUUCCUAUGAAAGAAGCAACUUACAAACCUGUGAACUGUGCAGAAGAGGAACUUGAGAAUCAAGCUAUAGAACAAUCUGCAGAAGUAAAGAAAACAUCUGUGUGUCCAAAUGAGUUACUAACUAUGGAAGUGAAUGUAAACAAAUUAUCCAGUGUUAGUAACCAGCUUAAUAUGGAUAGUACCUAUGACAACGAUUCUGAAUGUUUUUGUUCUUCUGAUUCUCAGCUCUCAGGCUAUAGUUCUGUAUCUCUACAGAGGGAAGAUACAUCAAAAUUAUGCUUUCAUUUGGUGAAAGGUAGUGAUGCCCAUUCAGGUGUUAUAGAACUUUGUUCUCCAUCUCUGGUGAUGAACAGUACUGGAAAAAAAAGUGAUCUUAAAUCCUCAAGGGGGAAAGUAGAUGGAAAAAAUAGUUUGCAUAGUGAUCUGUUCUGUUAUGAAGAAGGUGAAGAUACAUACUGUCCAAAAUACGCUUCCGUUUCCGAAGGUAAAAGUUCCAAGAAUGUUUCAGUAGAAGCUGCUCAGGAGGGCAAGAAUUUUUCUGCUGUCCAUAAAGAAAAGAAUGCAUUGUCUGUGAAGAGAGUUGACAAGGAACAUAGGAGUCUACCACUCAGCUCUACCGAAGCACAUAUAGCUGGAAAGGGUUUUGAUAAAAAAUCUAUUACAUCUUCUGAAGCAGGAAAAAACUUACAUGUUACUAAAACUCCAGCUUUUGAGGAUAUACCAUCUGGUUUGAGCAAAAUAAAGAGAACUGAAGCCAUAAGCCAAAAGAGUAGUCAUCUUCUGGAAUCACUUGAACUACAGAAGAUGGAAAAUAAAGGCAGUCCUUUUGAAGGACCUGUUAUUUCAUCUGUAUUUUCUCUUAGCUCUGGGACUGAAAAUGUUCCAGAGGAUGUCAGAUGGGAUGACACAACACGCAAGAAGAAAUCAGCAACAUUGCUGUGUAGAAAGAUUGCUCAGCUCAUGUCUGCUGCUGAACCUAACAUGAAAUCUGUGCCCUUGAGAUGUCAGGCUUCUAGUAAAAAGUCGCUUUUGCCUCCAGAAAGUUCAGCAAGCUGUGAGGGAGCUGUUUGUGCCACUGAAGUGGAACAACCUGUGACUUUGUCUGAAGCACAUGGUGGAAGAAGUGUGAUUAGUAGUGAAGAACACAGUGAAGAUCAGCUCUUUACAUUUGCAAGAACUUCUAAAAAUAGGGUAACUAAAAAUUCCCAUGUUGCUACCCCAGUGUUUAUCCCCAAAGGGACGAUGCUGAGAGUGCUGAAUGCUACAGGUAGUCAAAGCUCAUACGGAAUAGAAAACAGGAGCGAAACAUCAGCUCCUGUGCAUCGCAAUGAAAUGUUUCUGCCUCGCCCGGUCCCCGUCAGUGUUUCUGAGACACUCAGCAGCAAUUUCCCAUGUUUGCCUAAUCAGAGCAAACCAGGUGCUGAGUCCCAAACUAUAUCACUCAGGCAAAGACCAAAGCGAGAGGCAAGUGCUAAAAAUAACAGCAAGCAAACUGGUGUACCAUUUCAGAAAAGCAGUGAUGUGAGCAAGCAAAGCAAGCCCUAUUCAAAAAGUCCCAAAAAUAAGGCAAGACAAACAAGCUUCAGAGAACUUCCUAAGAGGAAAACAAGAGCUCAGUUGGAAACCACUUCAAGUUCUGAUAUGUCUUACCUGUUGACAGCAAGACGUCUUCGACUUCUUCCUCUGAAAAUGAAUCAGUUGAUAAAAUGCCCUCGUCGUAAUCAGCCAGUUGUGGUACUAAACCAUCCUGAUGUUGAUUCACCAGAGAUAAUUAAUGUCAUGAAGACUAUCAACAAGUAUAAAGGUCAAGUCCUGAAAGUAGUUCUGUCAGAAAGGACAAGCAGUUGUCUUGGUGUCAAACGUUAUCGGAAGCGUCUUACUCUUCAGAAUGCUGAGACAGGAAACCAAGCAAAAAAGCGGAGUAUGCUAAAAAUGAAGCUAAAAAAGACACACAAAAACAACUACCAAGUGGUGGAAAGUUCACCAGCUGAAGCACUUCGGUGUCUCUUUAAGUGUUGGUUUUGUGGGAGAGUAUAUAUGGACCAAGAAGAAUGGAUAAGUCAUGGACAGAGACACUUAAUAGAGGCAACCAAGGGUUGGGAUGUUCUUUCUCUUCAAGCAAGAAAACGUUAAGUGAGAGCCCAGGGGAGGUUUCCUCUCUUGCUUUUAAUGAGUGACACUAACUUGCUUGAAAUGGAGGAUGGAAAUAACUGCUUUAUUUUGCCAAAAGUCCUCUGCUGUUAGCAAAAUAAAGAAGAGAGUAGAGGUACAGAGAGAUAGAGAAGCUGACAGUGAGGAUUAAGCACCACUUUGCACUCUUGUGAUUGAAAUUUGUGUUGGAGGUCAGCUUCAUCUGUUCCAUAGGAGAAAUUUAAAGAAGAUUUGCUAUGCAAACAUCUUUCUAGUUACCUUAGGAUACUGUGCUGUACGUGGUUUGUGCUAGGUCUGUAUGGAUUAAAACCUUAGAUGAUGAGAUCUUUGUAAAUUUAACAGAAUUUAGUUUGCUUUAUUACAGCAUGGUGUUUCAGAGAUCGAGCACAUCUGUAUGGAAAUGCACCUUUGGUCCUCUCUGGACAGCAAGUGGAAGUCAUAGGUUUUAGCGGCAAAUUAAGCACUACGCGUAAAAAGUAAAAUUUCAAUGCAAGUGCUGUGUUUCAGUGAAAUAAAAACACUUCUGCUGACUUCAGAGGAGGUACAAGGGUGUAAAUGAAAAAUCUAGGGAAUCAGUUACUCCUGGUAGGUCAGAUAGCACAAAAAUUUUUAAUUUUGUUUAGUACUGAGUCUUUACCUAGACUGUAUUGUGUAGAUGCGAGGGAGCAGAACACUGUCAGGAUUCUGUGCCAUCAAGCCAGAGAUACUUUCAGGCUUGGGCUGAUAGUGGAAAGUGCUUCUUUAUGGCCUCAAGGCUGUUCUAAAAUAGUAUUAGCCAAACAUAAACUCUGUACCACCUUGUGUGUGAUAGAAGCAUUUACAGACUCAGUAUUUGGUUAGAACUCUAGUUGGUGAGCCUUUUUACUAGGGAACUUGUUGAAGACUUUUCAAACUGAAAAGCCACGUUGCACAGCUUUUACAUUGACAGUGUUGAACCAGAUUUUCAGUGCAAUCUUUCAUCAUAUUUAAGAAUUUAGAUGUUGUUGCAAUUUAUUUUUUGUAGGCCUCAAAUUCAUACAAGCAUGUGCCUAGUUACAGAUUAUGUCUGAUGCGUACUGACUUCAGUGCAGUGUAAACAUUGCUCAGUUGCUUAAACACUUCUCUAAAUCAGGGCCAAAUUACAGCUUUUUAGUAAAAAAGAGGGAUGGAUGACACUGAAGUUACUGUUUCUCUGUGUGAGUUGUGGAUGUUUCUCUUCAUCUUGUCAAUUUUAAAUCAUUUUAGAGUCAUAUAGAAUGAAGUAUAUGGAAGCACAUACUUACAAUUAAAAUAAUGUGUUACAGUUUUAGAAGUAUGAAAAUCAAUACUGACUCUAAUGCUGGAUGUGUGUUCUAUGUUUGAACUGGGACUUCUCUGGUAAACUGGUAGUCCCUAACUCUUUUCACUGAUGGUGCAUUUUUGUAAACAGUUUAGCUGGGAAUAUUUUUUUAUAUACUCCAGCAGAUUAUACAUUGUUUUGAUAAAAUAUUUAUCAUAUCUACAUUAGAAUGUAAAUAUUUUAAAACUCCAUCUGACUGAGGUUUACUUUCAAAACCACUUAUUGCUUUCCCAUAAUUUUGCAAUACAGUUAAAAUCCUUCCGAUAGCUGGUGCUUUAAGUCAGAUCUUUUUGUCGUGUACACAUGGAAAAUUUUUGUAUCAUUUGUAUCAGACUAAACUGCUCCACAGAACAAACUUUGUUUUUCCUGUUUUGUCAAUAAUAAGGAAAUGACAGUUCUCAUUUUGUAUUCAAAUGGAAUUAUAUUUUUUUAGAUGGGUACACUAGAGGGUUUUUUUCCCCCACUUCGUAUGCUUUGAUGCCAAACCUAACAGUGCUAUUUGCAUUUUCAAUGGUGAAGAUAGUUUCCAUUUUAAAAUUAUAGCAUAACGUAUAAAAUGAAUACUGAAAUGGUUAACACAAAAACCCCCAUGGUUAGCAUUCCUCAUUUGUUUUAAUUCCUUCAAUCCAGGUUACUGGCUGAAUUAAUUUUGUUUCUGUAGAAGCUACCAAAUAAAUAGUUUUGAAUUUGCUUUGUAAGAGUUGUCACUGGCAAAAUCAGAACAUUGCUCAUGAAAGCUGUACUGGGGGAAAGGGAGAAAGUGUUGCUGCUCAGCUUUGUGGAUUCUGGAUGUUUUAAGUAUACUAGUAAUGCUUGUCUUCUGUAAGCAAGUUUACUGUUUACUUUAGUAAACAUCUGCAAAGCUCUGUACGUCACUGCCAUAAUCUGUUACCUAAAUUGUUAAGCCUUGGGGUUUUUAUAGUUUUUAAUUUAAAUUUUUUUUGUUUCAACAUGAAAACCUUUUGUAAGUUAAAUUGUAUUGUGGUUAUGAAAUUCUUAAAGCAGAUUAUGUCAUGCUUUUUGUUAUGAACUCUGCUAAACUCUAUUUUAGCAGCUUCUGUUUUGUUACUUUUAUUAGAUAAAAUUAAGUCAGAAUAAUUUCCUUCAAGUUUAAUAGUGUCAUCAGUUUGAGAGAAAUUAUUUACAGCGGAUGUUUUCUUCCCUUUUGACUCAGCACUGAGAAAUAAAAAGGUUGAAAGAAAGUAACAAUCAGCUGCUGAAUUUUUUUAGAGCUAGUUUGUACCACUACAUAGUACGUCAUAAAUUGGAUUGGAAUGUUGUGGUUUUGGGCUUGAGUGGUUUUGUUCUUGUUCCUGUUCUGUAAGGAUAAAGUAACUGAGGUUCUAAAGUAAUUAGGUUAUUGUAAUAUACCUUUUCUGGUAUAUUGCAAUAACCUAGUCAAACUUCUGAGUGUGGUUAGGAAGGUUAUCGAUGCUGUGCAGAAAAAUCCCUUCAUGUACAUGUGGAAUUGUAGUUUGCCUUCAUAUACAUAGAGAAUUUAGCUAGGCUUCCAAAACUCAAAUUGUAUGAAUAAAUAUUUCUGUAUUUUUUUUCUGGAAAAAUAAUCACAUUCUCAUGUUCUUUGCUCAUACACACUAGGGCAUGUUUUCUU